UGAAUCACAUUUUCUUUUACAUCAUGUGGAUGACUGGGUGCGUGUGUGUAAUUUACCUGAGGAAGAGAUGGUACCAGGAUGCACUAUGGAAAGAAGGCAAGCAGGCAGAGGCAGUGUGAUGAUCUGGGCAAUGUUCUCCUGGCAUUCAUUUGGAUGUUACAUCUGUACCACCUACCUAAACAUCAUUGCAGACCAGGUACACCCCUUCAUGGCAACGGUAUUCUCUGAUGGCAGUGGCCUCUUUCAGCAAGAUAAUGCGCCCUGCCACACUGCAAAAAAAUGUUAAGGAAUGGAUUGAGGAACAUGACAAAGAGUUCAAGGUGUUGCCCUGGCCUCCAAAUUCCCCAGAUCUCAGUCCUAUUGAACAUCUUGUGGGAUGUGCUGGGAAAACAAGUACCAACCAUGGAGGCCCUGCCUCACAACUUACAGGACUUAAAGGAUCUGCUGCUAAAGUUUCGGUGCAGGAUACCAGAGGACACCUUCAGAGGUCUUGUGAAGUCCAUGCCUCGAUGGGUCAGAGCUGUUUUGGCGGCACGAGGGGGACCAACACAAGUGUAGAAUUACAGGAAAUUGCAGCUGAUAUGUUUGGGAUGGAGGCUGCCCUUUUCAUCCCCACAGGAACCAUGAGCAACCUCAUUGCAGUGAUGGUACACUGUAGAGAGAGGGGUGAUGAGAUAAUCGUGGGGGACCUGUCCCACUUACACAUCUACGAGCAAGGAGGGAGUGCUCAGUUGGCUGGUGUCCACUCAACCACUGUGACAAACCUCCCCGAUGGAACAUUUGACCUGGACCAGCUAGUGUCGAAGAUUCGCCAUGGGUACCCAGAUCCCCACUACCCCCGCACACGCCUGAUAUGCCUGGAGAACACCCACAACAUACAGGGAGGCCGCGUCCUGCCUCUAUUAUUUCUACAGGAGGUGCGUGCUGUCGCAGACAAAUAUGGUCUUGCAGUCCACAUGGAUGGGGCUAGGGUGAUGAACGCUGCUGUAGCCCAAGGAGUACCCCCUUCCACCAUACUGCAACACACACACACCGUCAGCGUAUGUCUUUCCAAGGGUUUGGGAGCCCCCGUGGGUACUAUGCUCGGUGGUCCACGGGAUUUCAUAUCCCGGGCAGUACGCUGUCGCAAAUCCUUGGGCGGGGGCAUGCGCCAGGCGGGAAUACUAGCAGCAGCCGGCAAGUUGUCCUUGGGGGAGAUGGUGGGGAGACUGGAAGAAGACCAUCGUAACGCAAAAAUCUUUGCUCAAGCUGUCUUGGACUGUGAUCCUCCACUGUACUCUGUAGACAUGGCUGGUGUGGAAACCAACAUCUUGCGUUUCCGUGUACGGGACCACAGACUUACUCCGUCAGACUUCUGUACCCGUAUGGCCCAGGUUGGGGAGGGAGAGGAGGCUGAACUAGGACAGGGGGUACAGGUUCUAAUGUUCCCUCAUGUUGGGGGCUCCGUACGAGCUGUAUGGCAUCUUGGAAUAUCCCAAGAAGAUACACAUCUCGCCAUUCAGAAACUAAAGCUUGUGGCCCGUCAGUUUUCCAAGGAAAGAAACAGAGCCCAGUGAUGCCCGGGAGCUUUGCUGAAUGGGUGUCCCACACUCAUUGAAGCCCUAUUCCAGAAAAAAAAAACUGAAAGAUUUUGAGAUUGGAAAUCCAUGUAGAGGCACUUUGGAUCCAAAUACUUUCUGACAAAUUGUUCUAAUAAAGUUUUGUAAAUAU